UUGAAAUUCAUUCUCAUGACAACUGUCUGAACGUGCGUUGGAAUUCGAAAUUCAAAAUGAAAUUCUUCCGUGUUUUGUUUUUCUUUUUCACGUGCCUGAUGGCGAUGGCGAGUAAUGUUUCGGCGGCGCCUGGACUAGGAAAGGAAUUAGAAAAGAUUGGACAGAAUAUCCGUGAUGGUAUCAUCAAGGCAGGACCGGCCGUGGAUAUCAUCCGAGACGUGCAGAAAAUCUACCACGGGAAAUAUGAUGAUGAUGAUGAUGACAAAUAAAAUUUUUUUUCAGAUCGUAAGAGAGAAAAUAUGUAUUAUAAUUAGGUUUAAAUAAAAUUGCAUUUAUUUAAAAGGUU